AUCCCUCUUCUCCUUCGCAACCGUGCCUUUGCUCCGCUCGCUGUUCAUCUCGUCUCACUUGAGUUAGUAGAGUGGUUGCAAUGGCCGUGGCUUUGCACAAUGUGAACUCGGAGGCUGGUCUCCGGAAACUGGAUGAUUUUCUUCUUUCUCGCAGCUACGUUACAGGAUGCCAAGCUUCAAAGGAUGACCUUUCUGUGUUUGCUGCUCUUUCAUCAGUCCCAUCAUCAGAAUAUGUGAAUGUGUCCCGUUGGUAUAACCACAUUGAUGCGCUUCUCAAGUUGACUGGUGUUAAUGCAGAGGGAAAGGGUGUCACAAUUGAAGGAUCUGCCUCGACAGUGGAGGAGGCCCCAGCUUCCCCUGCUAUCACUGACAAGAAGGCACCAGCUGUUGAUGAUGAUGAUGAUGAUGAUGAUGAUGAUGAUGUGGAUUUGUUUGGUGAAGAGACAGAAGAGGAGACAAAGGCCGCAGCAGAGCGUGCAGCAGCUAUCAAAUCAUCUGGGAAGAAAGAAUCUGGAAAGUCAUCGGUGUUGUUGGAUGUGAAACCAUGGGAUGAUGAGACAGACAUGAAAAAGCUGGAAGAAGCAGUGAGGAGUGUCAAAAUGGAGGGCUUACUCUGGGGAGCAUCCAGACUAAUCCCCGUGGGUUAUGGUAUUAAGAAGCUUCAAAUAAUGAUGACAAUUGUGGAUGAUUUGGUAUCUGUUGACAGCCUUAUUGAGGAGCACCUAACUGUAGAGCCUGCCAAUGAGUAUAUUCAGAGCUGUGAUAUUGUGGCCUUCAAUAAAAUCUAAUUUUUCUCGCUGUUUGGAAGAGGGCCUUUAGCGGGGGAGAGUUGGUUAUCUUAGGACAAGUCUUGAAUCAUUUGUCUUAUGCUUAGGAACAUUUGAAUCAAAUCCCGGAACUUGAGGUCUUGUUAAUGUCUUAGUAGUUAAGUUGAUCCUCUCUUGUUUUUUUUGGUAGUUAUCUGGUUUUACAAAUGCAGCUGGCUAUUUAAUGCUGUAUAUCAUUUAAUUAUUGCAUUUUCUCUAUGGAAAGAGUAUCAGUGUUCUUUA